AUGGCAGUGUCGGUCGCAACCGAUGACCCAAACAUCGGAUUUCGUCGUAACACCUGUGUGAGAGUAUCGCGAUCCUCGCCGAUUUGCGGCUCUGGCAACCAGAAGCCUCGUCAACAACUUAACGAAAACACCGGAUACAUUGACGCAUCACCCAUUUAUGGUUCAUCAGUACACGACUCUGCCAAAUUUCGUCAAGGCAACACUGGGUUUCUGAAACUUCCAUCCUUUAACGGAAUGCAAAUGUUACCAUUCGAUCAGUCAAAGUGCAAAAGCCGUAAGGAAUGCACCGUAAUCUUCACAGCUGGUGACAGUCGUGUGAAUCUAUUCGUUGGGCUAUCGGCUUGGCACACUAUAUUCACUCGCGAGCACAAUCGAGUAGUUGCCACGCUAACCCAUCUGAAUCCGAACUGGGAUGGCGAACGCCUUUUUCAUGAAGCCAGAAAAAUUGUUGGAGCUGAAGUGCAGGCCAUAGUCUAUAGCGUCGACUCCACCGUCGCCAAUGAAUUUACUUCUGCAGCCUUCCGAUUUGGUCAUGGAAUGAUCCAGGAAUUUUACCAACGUCUAGAUCCGAAUUUCGGAAAUUCUUCGUUUGGUGCUCUUGCUUUCCAGAAAGGAACACUUCAUUCGGAUGUGCUUGUUAAUGAGGGUGGACCUGAUCCACUAUUGAGAGGAAUGUUUUUGCAAGGCGUUAAAAGGCCUCAGCGAAUAACCACUACUGUAACAGAAAACAUGUUCGGCUCAACCGAUCUCAGCACCAUCAACAUACAGCGAGGCCGUGACCAUGGCCAUCCUAGCUACACCAAGUAUCGCGAAUUGUGUGGAAUGGGACUGGCGACCACGUUCGAUCACCUGUCUCGUGAAAUCCUCAAUACUGCGACUCGUGAGAAACUGCAGAAGGUAUACGGUAGAGUGGACCGUAUUGAUCUUUGGGUUGGUGGACUGCUUGAAGACCCUGUGGUUAGAGGGCUUGUUGGCCCGACAAUUGCAUGCAUUGUUGGAGCGCAGUUCAAACGAACAAGGGACGGUGAUAGAUUCUACUACGAAAACCCCGGAGUUUUCACUCGCGCCCAAUUGUUCGAAAUUCGUAAAAGCUCGUUGAGUAGAAUUAUCUGUGACAAUUCGAAUACUAUAACAGUCGUUCCGCGAGAGGCAUUCCGACUGGGUCAUCUCACUCCAUGUAGUCAGAUACCACAAAUGAAUCUGAGAAAAUGGAAAGAGUAA